CACGGCUCGUCUUCGCGUAUCGGAAGCCUGAACUACGUGACUGUGACUUAUCACAAUAGUGACACAUUUUGUUGCCACCCCCACGGUGUUUAAACCAUCCGACCUUCGACCAUACUCUUCUAUAGAACCUUAAGUAGAAGUGCGAAUGUUCAAGGUCUACAAACAACGCCAACAAAGCCGUAGCGGUGGGGGCAGUGAUCCGACUGCAAGAUCUAAGAGCAGACGUGGCGAUGUUGCAGCUCCCAAAUCGAGGCAUACAAAGUGUACUUCGUUGGCUGUGCCUCGGACCAGAUCAUCAAACCACAGCUUGUUCUUCACCAUUCCGAGAGAGCUCAGGAACUUAGUAUACCAUGAGCUCUGGAAGCAGAGUCCGACUGUAUGGAAAGUUCCCUAUAAACAACUACGUUUCCAGGUCGUGUACGAAAAGGGUGAAGCUGAGUAUAAUGGUGCACAUAAACUUCCGAUCUGGCUACUUACCUGUCAAUGUAUUCUUGCCGAAGGCCUCGACCAGCUACACUCCAGGUCCCGUUGGUCAUUUGGUAGCGACAAAAAGGUCCGCACAUACGCCGAUCAGGGUACGAGAUCACCCCUGAUAUGCUGCAAGGGGACCAAGGAAGUUAUAUUGAAACUAUCAUCAUUGAUACUCGAGCCGCCUUAUGAUCUCCGGGCUCGAAUAGAUCCGCUACUCGACAGAGAUCUUCAGACCAUAGCAGAAAUACUUUAUCAAAGUACCACAACGAGAACCUUGUGUGUGCGUUUCGGAGUAUCAUCAGACCUAUUUUCCAAAGGAGCGACAGUUCGUCUUGAUCUCGCCCGUUUGAAUAUUUUCAGGGAUUUACCACUAGAGAAACUGGAAUUUCAGGUCUACAAAACGUUUGAAAUUGGAGACAAUGUUGAUCCUUCCUCGACAACAGCAGAUGAUGAUGAAGAAAGGGUUGUUGAUGAUGAAAUUUACAAAACCGCAAGUCGCCUCAUGGGCGCUUCAUCUUUGAAAGACGACGGUAUAAUACGGAAUCAGUAUGAUAAGAAUAUACGAAUCGUCUUUACGAGAAAAGGAAUCUAAGACAUGUCUGGGUUCGAAGUUGUUAGGAGACCGCCGCCUAUGUACCUUACCCUAACACGAGCAUCCUCGUUUGGCUCCAUGCUCCAGGAUCAUAGGAGCUGAGAAUUUUGGUAAUCUGAGAGGAAAUUUUCUCAAUAUAUAACUGUUUUAUGUUUAGAUCUACAUUUGGACAGCUAUUGAUAUUGUGUGAUCCGAAAUAUUAUCGAGCGCCCGAAUGCCGGCAAUAAACAAGAAAUAUAUUUAGCGACUUGAAGUAAAGCUGUGUAGAAUAUCAAAGCAUCAGGGUCUUGGUUUCAAAUAAGCAUCUAUAUAGGUAAAGCCUUUACUAUAACUCGUAGAGAAAUGCUAAAAGCACGAAGUCGA